AUGUGCUAGUCAGAAUCACUGCUUGCUUUGUGCUAUACAGCAGAGAGAGUUCACACUCUAAACAGAUUCCUUGGAAGCAUGGCAUUACUCAAAAAGAGAAAGCAUGAGAAAAGUGAGCAGGACAGUGAGUACUUUCAGUGUUACUCCGAUGUCUCAAUCCACGAGGAAAUGAUUUCAGACACUGUCCGGACCAGUGCCUACAAACAGGCCAUACAAAGUAACAGUGCCCUGCGUGGGAAAACCGUUCUGGAUGUUGGUGCAGGCACUGGCAUCCUUAGCAUAUUCUGUGGCCAGGCUGGUGUGAAAAAGGUGUAUGCAGUGGAAGCCAGCAGUGUGGCCCAGCUGGCCAAUAAUGUGGUAAAACAGAAUGGCAUGGAGGGCAAGGUGGAAGUCAUUAACAGCUCCGUAGAGACCGCUGAGAUCCCUGAGCAGGUAGACGCUAUAGUCAGUGAGUGGAUGGGCUAUGCGCUAAUGUACGAAUCCAUGCUGAGUUCAGUUAUCUAUGCCAGGGACAAAUGGCUGAAACCAGGAGGCCUCAUGUUACCGAACUGCGUAGAUCUGUUUAUUGCCCCCAUUAAUGACCCGACCACAGAGAAUCGUUUGGACUUUUGGAGUGAUGUGAAACGCAUGUAUGGAGUCGAUAUGUCUUGUGUGCGGCCUUUUGCCCAAACAUGCAUCAUGAACAAGGAGAUGCAGGUAUGCUCUGUGUAUCCCGAAGAUGUCCUCUCAUUUCCUGCAAAAUUUGCCUCCCUCAAUCUUAACAGCGUCACUCUUGAAGAGACUGCGAAAAUAUAUGGUACAUUUAAAUUUAGGUGUUUUGGGUCCUCUUUUAUGCAUGGCUUUGCUGUUUGGUUUUCAGUCAUAUUUCCAGGGGAGAAAGUUGUUAAUUUAUCUACCUCUCCGUAUGGAGAAGAGACCCACUGGAAGCAAACAUUGCUGUUCCUGAACGAGGAGAUUCAAGUGGAACAGGACACUGAAAUCAGUGGAGACAUCACAAUGACACCGUCAGAAAUUAACCAUAGACAUCUACACGUUCUCCUAAACUAUAGCAUUGGGGGAAGCAUGUGCAGGACUAAGCUAUUCCAGAUGGGGAGUUAGCAUUGUAAAAAAAAUGGCUGCAUGUUGUACCUGCAUAUGGUUUUGAA